AGAAAAAAUGAGUAAUCUUAAUACUUCGACUUUUCCUGAUAAUAAUAGAGAGACUCCUACUACACCACAUAUACAAGUUAUUCCAGCAAAACGAUUAGCAGAAAUUGAAGAUGAUAAUGGUAUUAAACAUCAAUGUAAAUGGUCAUGUAAAAAUAAGACAAAUAAGAUAAGCACAACUAGUAUUGCUAAUUAUUUAAGAACAAAACAUCGAAUAAUUGAAGGAAGAUUUGAAGGAGCAGAAAUUUUACCAGAUUCAGAAAAUAAAAUCGAAAAUCAAGAUCCUCUUGAUCAAAAGUUCAUUGAAUUAAUUAUGAAUGAUUUAUUAGAUUGGUUAAUAGACAAUAUGCAAGCUUUUCAUUUGACUCCAAAUUUAGAAAUUAGACAAGUAUUACUUACUAUCGAAAAUUUUAAAUAUUCACAUUUAGGUAAUAGUAUUGAAGAUUGUUUACGCAAAGAGUUUCAAAAAUGGAACAUUACCUCAAAGUUACUUGGUGGGACAACUAAUAAUGAUGCUUCAAUGAUAAAAGCAAUCUCAGAAGAUUGGAUAGCAUUAGAAGAAUUAAUAUUAUUACUUAGACCUUUUGUAGAUACAACGAAUCUUACUUCAAGUAGCACAUACCCAACUCUUUCAUUAUGGUUUCCCACUUUACAUUAUUUAAAAGAAUAUUUAAAAAAUAUUAUACAAACUAUCACAAGCCAAUCUAUCGUAACAGUAUGUAAUAAGAUUUUAGCUUCUCUAAAUAAACGUUGGGAACUUUCUCAUAUGUUGGGUUAUAUUGCUAGUUUUUUAGACCCUAGAUUUAAAUAUUUAGGUUUUUUAUUAGCAAACCAAAUUGAAGAUACAAAACAACAUUUAAAACAUCAGAUUGAAUUAUUAGAAACUUCAAAAUUACAAUCAAUAUCUCUGAUUACUUCUCUUUCUUAUAAUAAUUUUAUUUUUAUAAAUUUUUUCAAUCAAAACAUGAUAUUAAAACAAUCUAACGUAUCCCCAAUAGAUACAGAAAUUUCCCUAUACUUACAACUCCCUACUCUUUCUGUAAUACCUAUAAAUCAUCCUGAAUAUCAUCUUAAUGACCCUUUAUAA